AUGCUUGCCUUCUUUGUCCUCCAUGCCUCACUCUGCCCGGUAUUUUUUAUUUCCGGUGUCAUUUGUGUUCUCAUUCAGGCUGACGUUUUCCACGCGUAUCAAGUCGUGCGUAAAAACAACGUACCAGCGGAGAAUAUAAUUACCUUCGCCUACGACGAUAUUGCAAGCAAUCCCAAAAAUCCGUUUAGAGGCAAAGUGUUCCAUGACAACAUGCACGAAGAUGUCUACAACGGUGUGGUAAUUGACUACCGUGGAAAAGAUGUCACACGGAAUAAUUUCCUGAACGUAUUAAAGGGCGAUAAGAAACUUGAAGCCAAAAAUAAGAAGGUGCUUAAAAGCGGUCCUGAUGACAACGUGUUCCUCUUCUAUUCUGGGCACGGUGCACUGCAUGCCGUGGAGUUGAACGAUAUCCUCGCCUACAUGCAUUCAAAAAAAAGUACAACAAAUUUGUGCUGUACGUGGAGGCGUGCUACUCCGGCUCUCUGUUUCGAAAUACUCUUCCUUCAAAUAUGGGAAUUGUUAACAUCAGCCAAGGAAGAUGAAGAAUCCUGGUCUAUUUUUUGUACUGACAAGGAUAUCGAUACUUGUCUAGCGAACGAAUUCCCGUACGCCUGGAUUACAGAUUCGGAAUACCAUGACUUGAAAACGCGUACACUGGAUCAACAGUACGAGGAGGUGAAAAAAGGGACAGCGGAGAGUCAUGUGAUGAAGUACGGUGAGAUGCUUGGCCACAUCGUCAAGGAAACGUUUCGCGACAUCGUCACGGACGUGACGACCCACCAUAAGCUAACUCUGAAUGGCUUGUCUAAAAGGGACGAGACGAUGUGUUUUCAGGCACUAUUCGAUCAAUUCCGGACGCACUGCUUUACAAUUCAGCAGGUCCCCGAAGUAGCUCGGCAAACAAAUCAUUUCAUGGAGCUGUGCAAAGCCGGAUACAAGGCAAAAACCCUAAUCGACUCUGUCCACAACGUUUGUUC